UAUGGGGGAGGGCCUGGACAGGGUGGGCCGCAGGCUGGUCUUUUUCUCCCUGACCUUAGCCUGUCCUUAGCCACUGGCCCUGCGAAGAGCCAGCCUCUCAUGCUAGAGUUUAAAACCCACAGAGAGGGCUCCAUCUGCACCUUGGUCCUCCAUGCCUCAGCUCCUCCCAGACACACUGCUUUCCCCAGGGCCCUCUGAGGAGCGCCCCCCAGGUCCUCACCCACGGGCAAGGGAAGGGGCUGCCUGGGCUCCCGUGGCCUCCAGCUUAGUGGAACAGGCGUUUCUGGGCACAUGCCUGGCCAUCAGGAACUGGCAGUGAAGCACAGUCCCCUGCCCUCCACCUCUCACCAACGGAGGAGACAGGCAUGUGGAUGCAGGCACCACACUGGGGGCUUGGCAGGAGGUGGCAUGUCCAGAGCGGGGUCUAGCUUGGGGGUGCCCCGGUAAUGGCGACUGCCUGCCUGCAGCGGUGACAGAGGUGAAGGGUUUCAUCAGGCUCCAUCGGCCAAGCCUUGACUCAGCCAGGCUUGAAACCGGUAGAACUAUCUAGUUUUUUGAUAGCCUACAAGGGGCCACUGUGUGCCUGGGAUCACAGCUCUGUGGAGCUAUGGGAGGUGGGAGCUGGACGCUGGAGGGGAAGGUCAGGGCCAAACUGAACAUAGCAUCACAUACCCAGGGGAGAAACUUGGACCUGGUCUAUGGUAGGCAGGGAGGGUUCUGUGUUUGUAAAUAUUCCAGCAGCCUGGUGGAGGAUGCUUUGGUGGGCAGAGGUGGAAGAAUGGGGGCCGUGACAUUGGAGGCAGUGGUCUGUAGCAGUGGGAGGGGCAAUGGCAGUGGCAGCAGAGAUAGGGAGAUUAAGGGUAACCCCAGCUAGUCUUGGGGACUGGCGUGGAGGAAGAGGGUGGUGUCUAGGAGACGAGGAGCAGGAAGGACGAGGGGCUUUGGGGUUAGGCAGAGUGGACAGAAUUCCAGGUUCCUGGCAGGGCGAGCCUUGGUGAGCACAGGAUGCUGAAGCAGGCUUGUGGAGACGUGUUGUCUCCAGGACUUAUAAAGGGAGGUGGCCACGGGAAGUGAGUGCGGGGACAACAUGCAGCGGGUGACGGGGCUGAAGGAGCCGCCAGAACUUGUCAGCCUUGGGUACUCGGGACAAGGAGCAUGAAUGAGGCCACUGGAGGAGCCAGUGUUGGAAAUAAGGGACUUCCCUCCCUGGGCCCCUCAGCCGUCAGAGGAGAGCGGCUGGGCCAGCCGGUAGGUUGACCGUCUCAAGCAACUGGAUUACCAAAGCUCCAGAGCCCUGGGCUCGGCCCUCAGGUUCUGAUACUACAGAUCUGGGGUGGGGCCAGGGAUUUUGUUUUGAAGGCUUGCCGUGGUUCUGGUGAGCCGGGUUCACACUGCAGGUAUAAGUGGGCUGAGCCUGGCUGCUGAGUGGAGAACCAGGAGCCAGCCAGAGGCCUUCUGGUGGCACCUGCAGCUGAGCCCAGGCCUGCAAGGGGACGGUGUCCAGUGCAGGGCCAAGCUGCACAGGCUCACUGGGCGCCCACCAGGGGUCCAGGGCUGCAGAUUCCAGUGAACAAAGCCCUCCCUGCCCUCCUGAAGCCUGCACUUGAGGGGCAGGUCCAGAGCUCUACCACCAUGUCUGGAAGCCCUCCAUCCAGCCUCAGGCCGCUGUAAGCUGCAGGGAGCGGAGAGGGAAAGGCCCUGAGCUGGGGACACGGGGAGCCUGCACACUCCCUCUCACGUAGACCCUGAGACGGGCAGGGCUGAGAGACCCACUCUUGGCUCCUCAGCUGGCAGGACCUGCCCGGACCUCCUGCCAUGCCAGCGGGGGUGGGGGAGGCUGUAGGAAUGGCUGGGGCUCUGGGUGGUGAGGAUCCCCUGCCCUCUUCGGAGGGCCUAUGUCUGUAGGGUGUGUGAUGGACUACGUCACAGAUGAGGAAACUCUGGCACACACAGAUGAAGUGACUUGUCGGGCUAGUAAGAGGCAAGGUCAGGACCUCAACUGAGAUCUGACUCCACAGUGUGUGCUCUUAUUCCUUGGGCAGCAACACUAGAACAAGAUCGGGUUUGGCACCUAUUAGCCAACAGCAUCAAUAAGAAGAAAAACAAGCCUCGGGGGAGAUUGCUGGCCCUGCCCCAGGGCAGGUGCUGACGCAGGCUUGGAAUGAAGGCCCUUUGUGAGGUGGCCCUGGGAGCUGGCAACGGGUUCCGUCCUGCCAGGAUAGGGGCGACAGGAGCCAGGACCCGUGUAGGAGAUGGUUCUCGCCAUGCUGGGGGCUCUGCGCCCCCGGGCUGGGCUCAGCCUCUUCCUCCACCUCAUCCUGGCAGUGGCACUGCUUCGCUCCCAGCCUCUGAGGUCUCAGCAGUCUGUUCCUGAGGCAUUUUCCGCCCCCCUGGAACUCUCGCAGCCACUUUCCGGCCUGGUGGAUGACUAUGGCAUCCUCCCCAAGCACCCGUGGCCGCGAGGGCCUCGACCCCUCCUGUCCGGGGCCCAGCAGCGCAAGCGGGACGGGCCCGACCUUGCUGAGUAUUACUACGAUGCACACCUAUGACCCAAGGCCCUCAUAAAGAUACUACGCGUGACAAAGGCUUGGCUUUCCUGGGCUGGGAGCGAGACGGGGACGGGAGGGGUCCACGCAGAUACAUCCACUGCAGUCCAGACAGGAAAUGGCACUUUAAUAGUUGGGGCCAGGGUGACAGGACCAAGAUGGGGCUGGCCUGUGUCAGUCAGGAAGCCUCCCUCUUCUGCUGGGACAGGGCCUUGCGGCAGCUCCUCCUCCCCGCCUGAGGUCCUAGGCCUGCCACAGGCCAGCAUGCCAGUGAGGUCAGUGGCAGGAGCCACCCAGAAGCCCCGCAGAUGACGGAGCUGAGAACGGGGACUUCACCUCCAUGUGUUGCCAUUUUCUCACUGGAAAGUCCUUGGGAGGUGGCUGGGCUCAGCCUGAGCUCAGGGCUCUUUGGUGGGGGUUGGGGCAGGGACAGGGCGGGCACUUGCAGGUGGCACAGGCUUCAUCAAGGCAGGACACGGGCUUCAUCAAGGCAGGAGCCAGAGCCGCCCGAGCCCUGGCAGGGGAGGUAAGGCCCAGGAUGGGGCAGGGCCGUGUGCUCCUGGAACGGACAUCCUUCUCUGCCAGAGACCUGCUCCCCAAGCCCUGUCCCUCCCAAUCCCCAGGCAGCCCACUCUGCCCUCCAUAGAUGAAUCUAAUCCCAUAUAUUACAAUAAACUGCAUUUGCCUCUCCCCACUGCCCCACCCUCCCCUACCCUGGGCCAGUGGCCCCCACUUCCUUGUCCCCUGGCGAUGGCAGGUGCCCCUCCUCAAGCAGUGCCACAUCCUGUCAGCAGCCAGCUGUCCUGGCACUGGCCUGAGGGCUGGGGGACGCAGAGGGCGGGGCUGUGCGGCUACUCCAGGUA